UUCUCUAACUUAAAGUUAAUUUGAAUUAAAAUUUUUAAUAUCGGUUAAACGGUUAUUAAGAUUAUAAGGUUGUUUGGUUAUUGAUUUAAAGUUGGUUGGCUGGUCAUUGUUCUAAAAUUGAUUGGUUAUAUUAGUAAUUUGAACAUUUAAUCAUAUCAAUUAGAUGAUUAAUAUAAUAACACAAAACCGUUCUUAUUUCAACUGUUGAAAGUAACCUAAAACAAAGCUUUUAUUUUAAGUAUGACCUGUAGAUACAUUGAACAGCGUAUGCCGAGUUCAUUUGAUUAUAACGACGUAAAUAAGUCAAAUGUUUUUUGUCAUUCCAGUUUUAUAAAAGUAGAAGAAGACGAAAUAUUUCAGGUAAAGCCAAAAAAUGAAGUUAAAUGCUUUCGACAAAAGAGUUUUGAAUCGAUUACCAUGAAAUAUAAAAUUAAUAAACAAAAAAAUCAACUAUUUGAUGAUACAUUGACUAACCUUAAUUGGUUGACAGUAGUUAAUAUAGAUGAUAUCUUGGAAGGAAAACCAAUUUCAUACACAUCAUUAUCACCUGCAACUUCAAUUGUGUGUAACGAAGGAGAAAAUAAACAAGAUUACAACAACUGUGUUGAAUCUUCUUUAGACUACCAUUACAACGAAAAUUCCUCAAAUGACUGCCGCUCAAGUGAAAGUGUAAAACCUCCUUAUUCGUACGCAGCUUUAAUUAUUAUGGCUAUGAAAUCAAAAGUAUGCGGAAAAAUGACUCUUAGUGAAAUUUAUAAGUGGAUUGGUGAUCAUUUUCCAUUUUAUAAAUACGCCGAACCAAGUUGGCAGAACUCGAUUCGACAUAAUCUUUCGUUAAAUAAAUGCUUCACUAAAAUACCACGAAAUAAAGGCGACCCCGGAAAAGGUGGUUAUUGGACUGUUAUUCCUGAGUUUGCAAAUAAACUAUUAGAAAAUAAUAUUAGAAAGCGACGAACGACAAUGAUCGAUAGUUGUCGUGAAGCCAUAAAAUAUCAACGAUUUGAAAUUCUAGAAACGCAGUUGCUACAUAAGUUAAAUCAAGAAAAUUUUAACUCAAAAGAUAUUUGUAAACCACAAAUAUGCUAUAAAAUGGCAGAACUUAGAAACUUUUCCGAAGAUAAUAAAUAUGGGAUAAACGAGACCAAUAAUUAUGCGGUAAAAUUAGAAAGUAUAAAUUUAAUGCAAGAUCCCAAAAACAAUUCAAAAUCUUUAGAGUUUAAAACAAAUAUUAAAAAGCGCAAUAUCACUACCGAUAUGCAAGAUUGUAUGAAAGAUCAUUCGUAUGGUAAAAGGCCGGUUAUAAAAUAUUUUCCAACAGACGAAGAUAAUAUUACAGCAAUUGCAAAUAACUUAUUGCAAUCAACUUCAAAUAUUCGUCGUGAUGAAGUUCUUAACUUAGAACAUUGUUCAGCCUUUUCAAAGGUCAUGAGAGCCGAUUGCAAUUGGAGUUCAGAGCAAAUUAGUGCAGAUCAUUUAGAGACAAUGACGGAAGUUAACGAUGAACUAAUAGAAGCUGGGAGUUUAUUGCCGACCUCUGAGAACUCUUUUCUUAUUUCAAGGAACCUUGGAAACAGUAUAAACGGAGUGUUUAGUAUUUUGUCAUCACCAUUGUACCUGUCGCCACCAAUGUCAUGCGAUGAAGAGACAUUGUCUGGUGAUGACUUCCCAAGAAAACUCAAAGAUGAAAGUAUUGACAUUCAUAAUGAUGUUAAUUUGUUUAUUGAAGGAACUAGUAUGAUCUUACAUGAACCGUCAUCUAUAGGAAUGAAAUUGUCAAAUGAACCUUUAGAUAUAGACAAAAUUGAAUAUGCACCCAUAAACCCAAUACCAGAGCUAAUAUCAUCAUUAGCCGAUAACAAAAAAAAUAAAAAAUUUGAUGUAAUUAAACGAGAGCCACUAUCGCCUUUAGUUGAAUAUAUUGCGGUCAGUUGACUUCAAUGAACUUUUACAUUUGCCUGAAACAAAAAACAACAGACUCAUAGUCUUGCAGAGGAUUUUUUGCGUGAGAAAGUAAUAUACACUUUUUUUAGUUCACCUGAUCAUUUUAAGGUUACCUUAUAUUUAUAUUUGCAAAAAUUAUUUUUCAAGCAA